AUGCGAUCAGUCCAGUCCAUCGCUGCCGUUGUGCCGGCACAGUACAAAGCCCUCGAAUUUUGGGAGUCAGAAAUCCCUCCUCCUCCCGCCGGGGGCAUAAACGUGGAAGUUAAUAUGGCUGGUGUUUGUGGAACUGACUUGCAUAUUUAUAAAGGAGAUAUUGGCAUGGAUUUUGCGCAGGUUCUCGGCCAUGAAGGAGUAGGAAGAAUUUCAGAACUUGGUGAAGGAGUUACCAAGGACCAUGCAAAUAAAGCAAUCGCAGUGGGAGAUAUGGUUUACUGGUGUCCGAUGAGACCAUGCCAUGCGUGUUAUUCUUGUACUGUACAGCAUGAUUUUCCAUCUUGUCCAAAUGGCGGCGCCUUUACCGAUGCUCGCAAGCCGACAGCUGCUUCAUACACUCAAGUUGCAACGCUCCCGAAGGCGAUUAGCUUUUACAAAAUCGACCCCAGCUGUCCUCCAGAAGCUGUGAUUGCUCUAGGAUGUGCCCUACCCGCCGUGCUCCAGGGACUUGACCACCUUGGCGGCAUCCCUUUCAAUUCUACUGUGGUGAUUCAAGGAGCGGGGCCUAUUGGACUGGCUGCCGUUAUGCUUUGCAAGCUCGCGAGCGCUAAGAGUGUUAUUGUGAUUGAGGGCAACCCGGCUCGCUUGGAGAUGGCCCGGCGCUUUGGAGCAACUGACACUAUCAACCUUCGAGAAUACGGCUCGAUCGCUGAGCGAGUUGCAAAGGUGAACGAGAUCACCAACGCACCGGGAGUUGAUAUUGUCAUUGAGGCCACCGGUCGAGUCGAGGCUUUUGAGGAAGGGGUUAAAUUGCUGCAGCGCAUGGGCCGAUAUUUGUUGAUUGGAAUGUGGGCGGGGGAAGGGAAAGCAACCGUUGAGCCUUUCCAAAUUGUGCGCAAAGCGCUGCAGAUCAUUGGCACGACAUAUGCCGCGCCUCAACAUUACUUUCAAGCCAUGAAAUUGGCUGAGAUGUAUCACGAACGGUUUCCUUUGGCAGAGUGUGUGACCCACAGGUUCCCGUUGAGAAAGACCCUACAGGCCUUUGAGGCCAUCACCAAGGGUGAUGCUGUCAAGGUUGUGAUCGAGCCCAAUCAUUGAUGAUGAUUUUGGAACCAUUCCAGAUGGAAUGAGGCUGAAUGUGUGGCGCAAGUGGUCCUAGUGGGUGAAAUGCAACAUGCACGAUGUCCCACAAUCAACCAUGAAUAUGAUCUAUAUUAUAACUGAUUCUAAUGAGCUGUUUCGCGUGACAUACACUUAGCGUGCUUGACUCUUUGAAGGUGCGAGUAAAGAUGUUGAUUUUCGUGCAGCUCAUUUAAAUAAAUUCUUGAUGUCAUGUCUAUAAAUCGAUGCUUAAAUUUCAG